AUGAAGACAUCCUCACUGGCCUACCUCCUCGGCGCCGUCGUGCCCGCCCUCGCGGCACCGAAUGGCAUCAACCGCCGCGCCGAUCCCGCCUUCAUUGAGGGCAAGUACAUCGUCCAGCUCAAGCCCGGCACGAGCCCGGAGGCCGUCACAUCGCACCAUAACACCGUGCGCAGCCUCCUCCGGCGGCGCGAUGGGUCUGCCGGCGCUCUCGACAAGACGUUCCAAAUCGGCGACUUCAACGCCUACAGCGGCAGCUUCGACGACGCCACCCUCGCGGCCAUCUCGGAGCUUGACGAGGUCCUCGUCGUCGAGCCCGACCAGGUCAUCCGCGUCGACCAGACUGAGGGCACGUCGAGCGUGUGGCAGCGCGACCUGACGACGCAGGCCGACAGCAUCUGGUCCCUUGGGGAUCUGUCGCAUCUCGAGGCCGGUGCGACCGAGUAUGUCUAUGACGAGACUGCCGGCGAGGGCACGACCGCGUACGUCUUCGACACUGGCAUUCGCCUGUCGCACGAGGAGUUCGAGGGCAGGGCCAGCUUCGGCAUCAAUGGUGUCACGGGAUCGACCACGCAGACCAGCUCGAACUCGGACACUGAUGGCCACGGCACCCAUGUUGCGGCCACCAUUGUUGGCAAGACCUACGGAGUUGCGAAGAAGGCCAAGGUCGUUGACGUGAAGGUGUUUGAUGGCGAUACGGGCUCCACCUCGGCCAUUCUCACUGGCCUCACAUGGGCCGUGAACGAUAUAACUUCUAAAGGUGCCAAGGGCAAGUCGGUGCUGAACAUGUCGCUGAGCGCCAAGAACGUCAGCGCCCUCGACAACGCAGUCCUCGCCGCCUACAACGACGGCGUCCUCACCGUCGUCGCAGCCGGCAACGACAACCAGCCCGCCACCGACACAUCCCCGGCCAGGCUCCCCGAGGCCUUCACCGUCGGCAUGACACAGCCCGACCGCGCCCGCGUCAACAUCAUCGAGGGCAUCUACGGCAGCUCCUACGGGCCGGAGCUCGACGUCUUCGCGCCCGGCCGCGACAUCGUCAGCGCGAGCCACCUGUCCGACACGGGCUCCCGGUCCGCGACGGGCACCAGCAUGGCUUCGCCGCUCGUCGCCGGGCUCGUGUGCUACCUACGGGGCCUAGAGGCCGGCCUCGUGACGCCCAAGGAGGUGACGGACCGGAUCCUCCAGCUGGCCAUCCCGGGCGCCGUUGCGGACCCCAUGGGAUCACCGAACUUGUUGGUUAACAAUGGAAGCGGCCGUUAA